GUCGCCGGCUGCCAGCCGGCCGGCGGCUCGGUCCCCUUUGGAGUUGGGCAGUGUAGUAGCCUGGGCUGUCGGAGCUUGGGCUGCCGGAGCUUGCUGUGACUGCUGGCCGCGGCAGUCGGAAAGAACUCCUAAUGAGUUCGUUCCCAGGGGCUCAGUCUGGGCACGCGUCCCCCGGCGACGUGUGACCCGAUCAGCUGGCUGCUGCUUCGGAGUUCGUAAGUGUCCGUGGGCCAUGCGGGGCUGCGAAGGGACUCUCCGCCUGGGCCAUGAUGAAGGCCCUCAAAGUUUCCCUCAUCUCGGUUGGAAGAGGCUAGUUUGAUGGACUCUGUUGACAGAAGCGAGCAGAAGAAGCAGGGCUUUCUCUGUCGCUUUGCAGUGCCAGUAGUAUCGUGGGUUCAGAGUUCACUCAGUAGCAUCCGGACUUGUUCUUUUCUGCUUUCACUCCUAACACCAAAAUAAAAUAGAAGGCUGUCAUCUGUGGAAACCCACCUGUACUUUUAGCCAUGAAGGCACAAACUGUGUCCCCUACCCAGGGGACUAUCUCCGAGUCCAGUUAUGUCUACAACAGUCUAUGGAGUAGCCGGAAGCUAAUGGUCCUGGGGGUCUUUCUGGGCUGGCUACUGGUCAUCCACCUUCUGGUCAACAUGUGGCUUCUGUUCCUUCUGUGUGCAUCAUUGGUCGUGCUGGGAGGAUGGCUGGGCUCCACUGCCAUCGUAGGGGCUUCAGGCCAAUUGCACCUGGAACGAUUCAUUACAAUCACCACCUGUCCUCCAUGUCCCGAGGCAGAAAGGCAGCUGGAACAAGAGAUUAACCGAACCAUCCAGAUGAUUAUCCGAGACUUCGUGUUAUCCUGGUAUCGUUCAGUGAGCCAUGAGCCAGCAUUCGAGGCAGAGAUGGAGGCAGCCAUGAAAGGGUUGGUUCAGGAACUUCGAAGGCGGAUGAGCAUAGUAGACAGCCAUGCUCUUACCCAGAGGGUUCUGACUCUCUGUGGUUGUCACCUGCAGAGCUAUAUUCAGGCAAAGGAGGCAUCUGCAAAGGAGCAGAGCUGUCAAGUUCAGCCUUCCCAGCUAUGGGAUGCUUACUGCCAGGUUACUACUCCCCAUCCUGCCAUGAGCUGUCCUACCACGGAGGUUGCUUAUGCACGUGGCAUUGUGAAUUUGAUACUAAAAGAGUUAGUUCCCAAGCCCCACCUGGAGACUAGGACUGGGCGACAUGUUGUAGUCGAACUCAUUACGUGCAAUGUAAUCUUACCACUGAUCAACAAGCUAUCAGAUCCUGACUGGAUCCACCUUAUACUUGUGAAUAUCUUUUCAAAGUACAGACAUGAUACAGCACAAGGAACUAAACCCCCCUGCUCACCCAGUGUCCCAGAGCAGCCCUCAGUGCCCACAUCCCUGCCAUUGAUUGUUGAAGUAGAGAGUCUGCCAGUAAGAAAAGCAUCUUCUCCAGCAGCAGCCCCAGUACACUUAACCUCUAGUGAGCCAGCCCCCUCCCCAGAGAUUGAAGAAGGCCAUGAAGCUGUAGAGGGAGAUUUGCCUGGGAUGCUUGAAGAAAGAAAAGUAGGAAAUAACUCAUCCCAUUUUCUACAGCCAGAUAUCCGAGGCCCCUUGUUCUUAUGUGAAGACUCAGAACUAGAGUCGCCACUGUCUGAACUGGGCAAAGAAACCAUCAUGCUAAUGACCCCAGGCAACUUCCUUUCAGACAGGAUUCAAGAUGCUCUGUGUGCCCUCGAUGAUUCUCAGGCUCUGGAGCCUAAGGAUGGCGAAGGAUCUGAAUGCAUAGAAGGAGCAGAAGCUGAGGAGGCUCCAGGAACAGAAACAGAGACAGGCAUGCUGGACUCCAUGCUUAAUUGUCCAGAGAUCCAGAUUGACACAGCAGACAAAGAGGCAGAGCAAGGAGAUGACACCUCUCUUACAGCUUUGCUAGAGGAACCAGAAAAAACCUGUCCCCUACGACCUUCAUGCUUAGACAAAGAUCUUACCAGUGGCAUGUGCUCCCUGGAGCCUGCUGUGCCUCCAGUGCCACUUUCCUCCUCUCCACCUGGUCCUCUCAGCUCAGCCACCUUCAGCUUUGAGUCCCUGAGCAGUCCAGAUGGCCCAGUUGUCAUCCAGAACCUUCGAAUCACUGGUACCAUCACUGCCCGAGAGCACAGUGGGACUGGAUUCCACCCAUACACUCUGUACACUGUGAAGUACGAGACAGCCCUUAAUGGCGAGAACAGCAGCGGCCUACAACAGCUGGCCUAUCACACUGUGAACCGCCGCUACCGGGAAUUCUUGAAUCUGCAGACCCGCCUGGAGGAGAAACCGGAUCUACGAAAGUUUAUCAAAAAUGUGAAGGGUCCAAAAAAGCUCUUUCCAGAUCUUCCAUUUGGAAACAUGGAUAGUGACAGAGUAGAAGCCAGGAAGAGCCUCUUGGAGUCCUUCCUGAAGCAACUCUGUGCCAUUCCUGAGAUUGCCAACAGCGAGGAGGUGCAGGAGUUCCUUGCUCUGAACACAGAUGCUCGGAUUGCCUUUGUCAAGAAACCGUUCAUGGUCUCUAGGAUAGACAAGAUGGUGGUGAGUGCUAUUGUGGACACCUUGAAGACAGCGUUUCCUCGCUCUGAACCCCAGAGUCCCACAGAGGAGCUGAGUGAAGCAGAGAAUGAAAACAAGCCCCAGACAGAAGGCAAGAAGGCUAGCAAGUCCAGACUAAGGUUUUCAUCCGGUAAAAUUGCCCCUGCACUGAGUAUAACUGAGGCACAGGACAAGAUUCUAUACUGCCUCCAGGAAGGCAAUGCGGAGUCAGAGAUCCUGUCUAUGUCUGGGAUGGAAUCUUUCAUUGAAAAACAGACAAAGUUACUGAAAAUUCAGCCAGUGGAAGUCCCAGAUAAAGAUCCCCAACAAGUCCCCAAAGAAUAUGUGGAUAGUGGUUUGCUGGAUAAAGCUGUGGUAGCCCAAGAGCUUAACAAGAGUGACCCAGGAACAGAGACAGAGUUAGCAGACACGGCCUUUGAUCUGAUCCUCCUGCUGUUGAUGGAGCAGUGGAAGUGGCUGUGUACUGAAAGUAUGCAGAAGUUCCUCCACCUUAUUUUUGGAACUCUAGUUCAGAGGUGGCUAGAAGUGCAGGUGGCUAAUCUAACAUGUCCCCAGCGUUGGGCACAAUACCUCCGCCUUCUUCGGGAAUCUAUCUGGCCUGGUGGAGUGCUACCCAAGUUUCCACGGCCUGGAAGGACUCAGGCACAAAAAGCAGCUACCGAGAAGCAGGCUUUGCAGAGCUUGAUGGGUCUCCUUCCAGAUUUUUUAGUAGAAAUCCUGGGGGUGAACAAAUGUCAGCUGAGCUGGAGUCUAGUCUUGGAAUCAUUCCACCAGCCCCUCAUCAACAGACAUUUGAUUUACUGCCUUGGAGACAUUAUCCUGGAGUUCCUGGACCUCAGUGCCUCUGUUGAAGAGUGUGCCCCAACCACCUCUGCCUCAGAUUCCCCAGGCAGCCUCAAAAAGAUGGCUGUUUCCACUUAGCUAGGACACCAUCUCCAAAUGCUUGAAAAAGAAAGCUGUUCAACUUCCAGAGACAGCUAGGAUGCCUGUGCCCUCUGGAGCUAGACUAGUUUAGCUGGCCUCCAUCUCAGAGGCUGUUUCCCUACCAGGUCUCCCUUAGAAGCACGUGACAGAGCUACAUAGCCUAUUUGCAUGUGUACCUGUUUCCAUACUAUUUGGUAUGUGGAUUGCUGCAGGGAAGAGGUCUUGUUUCCUUGGGAACAGAAGCUUUGAAACAGAGGCUUUUCCUUUGUCUUCUUCUCACCAUCAUGGUUUGCCAACAGUUUGGCCCUGCGCAUGUGUGCACCUAACCCACAAAUGUACAAGUGGUAUGUAAUACAAGAGAAAACUAUAACCAGAUUUCCUGGGAGGAGAAAUAGUCUUCUGAGCUCUCUUUUCCUACCUGGAAACUAAAUAUUCAUUCAGGAUCACUCCCUCACCCUGACUGUUUUCCCAACAAUUCCAGAAGAAGAGGGAAGGAAAGUAUAUCUCCAGGGACUUGCUCUUUGGCUAUUUUCUGACCCUGUGGACUUCUAAAGGAUGUCAAGAACCCUGCUUCCUUGGGUGGCUAUACUUUUCCUGUCCAGAAGGCUUCAAAGUACGUUGUCAACCUUCUGGUAAAUCUACCCCACCCUUCACACCCUUUCCUGUGAGGGAUUACAGAGCAGAUUUUCUUAGCUUUCCUCCCAGCCCCUACCCAAGAGCAAAUGCGUUUUGGAUUUGUAACUUUCCCUCUAUCAACAGAAUUGCAUGGCAAGUUACAUAUUUGGCUUCAGUAUUUCCAAAGAGAAGGGAAAGUACUUGUUCCAUGGCUGAGGGUGUACAAAGAAUAGAAGUCAGGGGAUAAGUGGAAAUCCCUCCACAAGACUCUGGCAAGAAUAAUACAGCAAACUUUCAGGAUACAGAUUUUACUUUCUGUUCUUUAAAGAAUGAAUUAGUCCUUAGGAGUCCAGCAAUAAAAGCAGAACACUCUGUGUCCACUAGAAAGAUGGAGAAACUGAGAGCAGCUGUUAGAAGAAAAGGGAGUUGGAGGGAAAGUCACAGAGGAAGUGCUGCUGCCCAGUAAAUGCAUAUGUAACUGGCAUCCCCAGGAUACCAUGUGGGAGAACAUAGCCAACCUUCAGCUCAGUGGGGUCUGUAUAGCUCUAGCCUUGCUACACUAAACUAUGAGAUCUACAUGGAUGGGGGUCAUGGAGAAAGCCUGAUGAGAGUGAGAGUCGGGAAGGCAUCAAGUGCCCACAUCAAGGCUUUCACAGACUCUGAAGUAAGUGAUGAGCGCACAAUUAAAGUCAUUCAUAGAAAAAAGGUUGUGAAAUUGUGUUACUCUCCUGUCCUGAGAGGCUUGUAACUGUACAUUGCACUCUAAUGUGACUGGGAGUCUUGGCCAUGCUGUUCUUGCUUAAAAAGAAAAAAUGGUGAAUGAGAUAGUUUCAUGGCCUCUUCUGGCCUUGAAACUUGAUGGCUCCAAAGUUCUUGAAAUAUCCCCUUCCCUAGGCCCUCAGAGGCAACGGUAAUUCAACAUGUUGUCCUCUGAGUGCCUGAUAGGGCUAUGGUUUCAGGGGACACCUUAGAGCUGAUCCUGUGGCUCUUGGGGUAAAGGCUACUUUAUUUUGUAUUGGUCGAAUGAGCAACCCUGAUUUCUGAAAUACUUCUCUCCUAACACCCCACCCCUUCAUAUGGCCAUAGCCUCCUGUGUCCAUUUGAAUCUGCUACCAGUGCUGGUCCACAUGUGUACAAACACUGCUAAUAACCCAACACACCAUGAGUUCCUAUGGCAAUGAAGUCUAAGGGAACUUUUCAUGCCUGCAUUCCAGAGAACUUCCCUAUAUUUCAUUUUAUAUAAGAGGACCCACUUUUGCUCCACCUGUCCUUAAAAGAUAAGUGAUCCUCAAAAGGGAAAUAAUAAAUAUAACAAAGGAUAUAUCAAAACCCAUCUGGCUUUGAUAAAGAUGGGCUGAGUUUGGUAGCAGGUUCAGACAAGAUCAUCAGCAUAUGGGAGAAAACCACAGGUGUUGGGAUGACACUCCAGGCUGGAAGUGGGAAAGUGGGGAGAGCUGAGCCCACACUGGUCCACUUCAUUUCUUUCCUGUUUGGCCUUUUAAAGACUCAGUUUACUCAUUUAAUUUCAUAAUAUUAAUACAUAAAAUAAGACCAACACCAAUUCUGUCUUGAUUGCACAUUUGUAAAAAGAUGAGGGAUGGGUGGAUCUGAGCUCUUUCUGGCAAUUUCUAAGUGCCAUCCUUUUUGUUAUUUAUUGAAGUUCAAGAAUGAUGUAUAUAAUUAUAUAGCUUUAUAUAAAUAUAUAAAGUUUAUAUAAUAUAUAGUAGUCCAUGAUUUUUAUUUCCAAGCUUCUGGAUUAGGUUUUGUAGAACCUAAAAGGAAAACACUCUCCUAAAUCCAAGCAUAAGAAAUGUGAGUAUUUAAUAUUAAUGGAUUUUGUCUUGACUGCCAUUUUGAAGUUUCUAGCAUACAACAUGAUCUUUUGUUGUAAGGGUACCAUGGAGUUUUUUUCUAUAAACACUGUUGUACACCACA